AUGGCUCUAGAAGAAGAGCAACAACCCCUCUUGGAAGAUGAACCUACACAAACAAAAACUGCAAAACCAAGGAAGAAACUAACAGUGAAAGCCCUUAGAAAGGCCUUUAAAGGAACAGCCCACUUGUCCAAUCAUCUCCCCUCCGGUUCAGUCAUGGCAUUCCAAAUCCUAUCGCCCAUCUUCACAAACCAAGGCCAAUGCCACUCCCCGCAAAGCCAAUCCAAGACUCUCGCCCUCCUCGGCUUCUGCGGCCUCUCGUGCUUCCUCCUGUGCUUGACGGACAGCUUCAGAGACGAGCGAGGGAAGGUCCGGUACGGGCUGGCCACGUUCCGGGGCUUGUGGGUUAUGGAUGGCUCGGUCAUGGCCAUUCCACCCGAGGAGGCAGCCAAGUAUAGGCUUAGGUUCGCUGAUUUCUUCCAUGGGUUCAUGUCGAUGCUGGUUUUCGCGGCGGUUGCUUUGUUUGAUCAGAAUGUUGUGAAGUGCUUCUUUCCGGUGCCGUCUGAGGAGGCUAAGGACUUCCUUGCGAAAUUGCCUAUUGGCGUUGGUGUUGUUUGCAGCCUCUUGUUUGUUGCCUUCCCUACCAAUCGACAUGGGAUUGGCUUCCCUCUCUCUCGUCACUAA